AAAAAAAAAUUAGCGGCUUCCCGUGGAAGUGACAACUCUCUAAUUGCAGGCCUGCAUUGUGAUCCACUGUCGUGAUCUCAGGCCCCACCUUUACAAGAAAAAUCACGAACAGCAUCGUCCGUCCAUCUCCAUCCACCACGUGUCCGUCAACAGCGAUUGAUCACGGCGUAGACUGACUGCUGGCCCCACCGAAUUCGCGCCCCCAGUAAGCACUUUCCCGCCGCCCAUUCGUCCCACACUAAAAUACUCCUACAACGCUUCACAGUUCACACUCUCUCUCUCUGGGCACGACUAUUGGUGUGAACCGGUUAGGUACACUUCACGAAACCCUAAUUCCUGCAGCCCGUUCGCCUUCGAUUCACCGCCAUGAAGCUUCGCUCUCGUCGCGUUGGGACUUCAAAGCACGGCGCAGAUCCCGGUUUUAUAGAUAGCACUGAGGAAGAUGAUGAUCCUCUGUCAUAUUCAGAUUCUGAUUAUAGUGCCACCAGUGAUGAAAGUGAUGAAGGUGUAAAUAUAGGUGAACUUAUGGAAAACAAUUUGAACAAGAUGAUGCGAAACGUGAAGGCCUUCUCCCCACCACGCAAAAUAAUAGCCUCGCUAAACUCUGCACUGAAGGAUAUUGCUGGACCUAGUUAUCAGGGAGGUAGUUCUAGUGAUUCUGAUCUCGAGGAUUAUGUGACGAAAAGGAGGAAAGUGGGCAUGAAGAAAGAUGAGGUGCAUUCAAGUUCCAAGAGAGGGGAACGAGAAGUUGAGCAAGAGGGUGCUGUCAGAAACAAUUAUCAAGCAUGUGGAGAUUAUAAUAAUUAUCAAGCAUAUGGAGAUUAUAAUCUGGGGAUUGAUUUUCUUGAAGUGGAGAGGAAGAUAAAACUGAAAAGGAGGAAAAAGAAGAAAGGGGAAGGGCCAAUCUUGUUGUGGGAAGUUUGGGAAGAAGAACAAGAGAAAUGGAUUGAAGAGAAUAUACUGAAGGAUGUUGAUUUAGAGAAUCACAAUGAAGUGGUUGCUGAAACUGUUGAUGCUCCUUCAGAUGUGGUUAUGCCUCUGCUGAGGUACCAAAAGGAAUGGUUAGCUUGGGCUUUGAAGCAAGAAGAAUCUGCAACCAGAGGCGGGAUCCUUGCGGAUGAGAUGGGGAUGGGGAAGACUAUUCAAGCAAUUGCCCUCGUCCUUGCUAAACGGGAAAUCAGACGAGCAAUUGGUGACCCUGAUGGACAACCUUUACCCUGUUCAUCCAGUGGAUUACCUGAAAUCAAAGGCACACUUGUUAUUUGUCCCCUGGUUGCUGUAAUUCAGUGGGUAAGUGAGAUUGAACGUUUCACCACAAAAGGAAGCAACAAGAUACUUGUCUAUCAUGGGGCUAAAAGGGGAAAGAGUCUUCAGCAGUUCUCUGAAUAUGACUUUGUCAUAACUACAUACUCCAUCGUCGAGUCUGAAUACAGGAAAAAUGUGAUGCCGCCGAAAAAGAAGUGCGAGUGGUGUGGGAAGGCAUUUUACGAUCGUAAGAUGAAUAUUCACCUGAAAUAUUUCUGUGGCCCUGAUGCUGUUAAGACCGAUAAGCAGUCAAAACAAAAGAGGAAGGGACCAAAACUUUCACUGAACAAAUUAAAGCAUAAGUCAGCAUCUACUGAAGGCCAGGAAGAUGAAUCAAUGGGUGUCAAGGAUAAGGGCACUUGCAAGAAGUCUGGGAAGCGGGACAAUACGGAAAAAGAACCAGGAGUUUGUUCAUCCAAGGAUAAUUCAGCAGACAUUGAAGAAAGCAUACUCAGAAAGAACUCUAUUUUGCACGCUGUUAAAUGGGACCGAAUUAUUUUAGAUGAGGCUCAUUAUAUUAAAGAUAGACAUUGUAAUACUGCAAAGGCUGUCCUUGCUUUGGAAUCUUCGUUCAAAUGGGCUUUAAGUGGAACUCCUCUGCAGAAUCGUGUCGGAGAGCUUUAUUCACUGGUUCGCUUCCUGCAGAUAGUCCCAUACUCAUAUUACUUCUGUAAAGAUUGUGAUUGUAGGACACUUGAUUACAGUUCCUCAACCGAGUGUUCGAACUGCCCUCAUAAAUCUGUGAGGCACUUUUGCUGGUGGAACAAGUAUGUUGCGACACCAAUACAAGCUCAAGGGAAUAUUGGUGAUGGUAAAAGAGCCAUGAUCUUGCUAAAGCAUAAAAUGUUGAAGAGCCUAGUGCUAAGACGCACUAAAAAGGGCCGGGCAGCAGAUCUUGCACUUCCUCCAAGAAUCGUUUCAUUAAGACGGGACAUGCUUGAUAUGAAAGAAGAAGACUAUUACACAUCAUUGUACAAUGAAAGUCAAUCACAAUUUAAUACAUAUGUUGAGGCAGGAACUUUGAUGAAUAACUAUGCUCAUAUAUUUGACCUCCUUACUCGACUGAGACAGGCCGUUGAUCACCCUUACCUUGUGGUAUAUUCUAAAACUGCUAUGGAAAGACUUGGACUCGAGGCUGAUUCCAGUGGUGAUGAACAAGUAUGUGGCUUAUGUCAUGAGACAGUAGAAGAUCCUGUGGUCACGUCAUGUGCACAUGUCUUCUGCAAGUCAUGUUUGAUCGAUUUCUCUGCAAGUAGGGGACGAGUCUCUUGCCCUUCAUGUUCAAAACCACUUACUGUUGACUUCAGUACAAAUGUGGGCCAUGGAGAGCCAAAUGCUAAAACAACUAUUAAAGGUUUUAAAUCAUCAAGUAUUCUAAACAGGAUCAGGCUUGACAAUUUCAAGACAAGCACGAAAAUUGAUGCUUUGAGGGAAGAAAUCCGAUUCAUGGUUGAAAGGGAUGGUUCAGCAAAAGGAAUUGUUUUCAGCCAAUUCACAUCAUUCUUGGAUUUGAUACACUACUCCCUCCGGAAGUCUGGCGUUACUUGCGUUCAAUUGGUGGGGUCCAUGUCCAUGGCUGCUAGGGAUGCUGCAAUUUCAAGAUUUACCAAUGAUCCAGAUUGCAGAAUCUUCCUUAUGAGCUUAAAAGCUGGAGGUGUUGCUCUGAAUCUCACCGUUGCUUCGCAUGUUUUCUUGAUGGACCCCUGGUGGAAUCCAGCAGUGGAACGACAAGCCCAAGAUAGAAUCCAUCGGAUAGGCCAAUACAAGCCCAUCAGGAUUGUGAGAUUUGUCAUUGAGAACACAAUUGAGGAAAGAAUUUUGAAGUUGCAAGAGAAGAAGGAACUAGUCUUUGAAGGGACCGUGGGUGGCUCUUCUGAAGCACUUGCGAAACUAACAGAGGCAGACUUGCGGUUUCUCUUUAUGACCUAAACGAAAGAAACUGCCUGUUGAAUGAUCCCACUAGUGGGAAAGAGUUCAAACCAUCUUUUGACUUGACAUCUGCUGUUCUUUUGACCUAAAGGUUAACAUCAACUUCUUUUGACUUGCGUUUCUCUUUGUUAUCGCAAUGCUGCUGUCUGUUAGAUGGGUUUUGCUUGUUGGCCAGAGCCUAUGAUUGUCAAAUGACAAGUCGUGGGUUCGAAUCUGGAAGGGUUUGAUUAAUGGUUGAAUGAUUUAUUUCUCA